GAUUAGGUUGCUAUCCCGCUUGGCCAAUACGAGUUGUUCGACGCUAUGCACUGUUUUCACCCAUCUGUUAUUUCUCCUGUUUCUACCUUCCAUAUAAGUCUCUCGCAUCCCCACCUGCUACAUAGCACGCUUGUCUCAAAAUUCCAUCCAUCCGUCCACCACGAUUUGUGUUCUAGACAUCCAGUCACAAUGAGCUCUAGCCCGAGCAGCAAGAUAAGUGAAGUCCAAGGCGAUCUCUUCGACGCGCCAGACGGAGCGGCCUUGAUUCAUGCGUGUAACUGCCAAGGAAGCUGGGGGAAGGGGAUCGCUGAAGCGUUCAAGAAAAAGUAUCCUGCUGCUUUCAAAAUUUACAGAGCUCACUGUCAAAAAUAUCUCGAGAACAAGCAAUUCUUGACAACCGGGGCUGAGAAUUCUGGUGAAACACAGCAGCAAAAGACCACUAGAAAGAUCCAACUGCCAAUUGGCACAUCACUCAUAAUCUCACCACAAGAAGAAGACUACAAAGAAGACCACGGAAAGAAAAGACACUGGAUCAUCUGUCUUUUCACGUCGAGAGGCUUUGGGCGCUCUGUCAGCCCGCCUGCCGUCAUUUUGCAGAACACGGCACUCGCGGUGGCGGACAUGAAAAGCCAGCUAGAGAAAUUACGGUCUCAGCCCGACAAUGGUGUACCCCUGGGAGAGCUGCGAUCAUGUCGGUUCAACUCGGGACUGUUCGGGGUGGACUGGAAGUUGUCGAGGGAGGUGUUGGAAGAGGCGGAGUUAGAAGUGACGGUCGUGAGACCACAAGGGGAACCACUUGGUCUUUAGGUCAACCUUGACUGUAUUUUGGUAUCCUCAAAGACACUCUACUGGGGCAA